UAAAUGUGUAUAAAAGCUGAAGAAGUUGUUCAUGAGUCUAACAAGAAAGAGUGUCUUCAAUUUUCACACAAAAUGAGCCAACAACAACAAGCUUCGGACAAUCAUAAACAUUGGGAUGCUCUUGCUGACAAUAAGUUUAGCAUCUCUACAAAAGGUUUGGACAUUGUUUGGGGAGAUGAUGGGAGGUUUUGGAGAAAGGUUCCAAUUUCCAAAGAUGAUAAGCCAGAGUUAAAUUAUGGAGAGGGAAUGGAGUUGCUUCAAGUGUGUUGGUUGGAAGUAAGAGGAACACUUAACUUAGAAGAAACACAUCUGUUACCAAACAAGACUUAUAAAUUAUUUUACAUCAUAAAGUUCAAAGUUGAUGCUUUUGGGUGGGAUUAUGGCCCUGUUCCACUUCAUUUAGUGACUCCAGAUGGUUGCAAGUUAAGGAGAAAUGACAACUUUGGAGUAUACAAAAAGGAUGCAUGGCACAAAGUUUUUGGAGGUGAAUUCAAGGUUGGAUCAACCGGGAAGGAAAUUGUUAAAUUUGCAAUAAAUGGAUUCAACACUCCUUGCUGGAAGGGUGGCAUGGUUCUUCAUGGUGUCCUAAUUGAACCAAAGGAUAAUCAUUUUCUAUAUAUACAUAUAAUAGAAUAAAUUUUGUGCUUCAUGUUGUGUUAAUGCAUGGAGCUUGAUAAAACAUGUGUUAUGGGACUAUAAACAUGUAACUUUGUUGCUAAUAAUGUUUGUCUUGACUUAUUACUGAACUUGUCUCAUUUGGUUGGGAAUAA